AUGACGGAGUCAAGACAAACCCAAUACAAAAACAUGGGCAAAGACAGUGAAGCUCUGAGGAAGAGUCGUGUGGAAAAUAUUAUUUCUAUUCGGAAAGAUAAACGUGAAGAAACGUUGUCGAAGCGUCGCAACAUACCUGUUGAGUCACUAGAUUCGGAUGAUGCUUCAACGAGUGCAGGUGGUGUAGUUAUCAAUGGAACAUACAAUCGUAAUACUCUGGAAGAUAUUGUCAAGAAAGCGAGUAGUCAAGAUCAGGAGGUGCAGCUUUCAGCUGUGCAACAAGCACGAAAAUUACUCUCAUCUGACCGUAAUCCGCCAAUUGAUGAUCUGAUUGCAUCCGGUAUUUUGCCGAUAUUAGUGCAGUGUUUAAGUUCCAACAACGUAACUCUGCAAUUUGAAGCAGCAUGGGCACUAACAAAUAUUGCAUCUGGGACUUCGCAGCAAACGCAAUCUGUUGUUCAAGCUGGUGCUGUGCCAUUAUUCUUGGAACUUUUGUCUUCGGGCAAUAUGAACGUCUGUGAACAAGCUGUUUGGGCUCUUGGAAAUAUUAUUGGUGAUGGGCCACAUUUUCGCGAUUAUUGUAUCCAGCUUGGAAUUGUUGAGCCACUGCUGAAGUUUAUUACACCCGGUAUCCCAAUUGGAUUCCUUCGUAAUGUUACUUGGGUUAUUGUCAAUUUAUGUCGUUCCAAGGAUCCGCCACCGUCACCAGAAAUUGUUCAAACACUUUUGCCUGCGUUAGCUGCCCUGAUUAGUCACACGGAUCAAAAUAUUUUGGUGGAUACAGUGUGGGCGUUGUCUUAUCUCACAGACGGUGGAAAUGAGCAAAUCCAAAUGGUCAUUAACAGUGGUGUCGUGGGUAAUUUAAUUCCACUUCUUUCACAUCCUGAAGUUAAAGUCCAAACUGCAGCACUUCGUGCUGUGGGAAACAUCGUUACUGGGACGGAUGAACAGACACAACUUGUUUUGGACUGUGGCGUUUUGCAGCAAAUGCCUGCGUUACUUUCUCAUCAGAAAGAGAAAAUAAACAAGGAAGCUGUUUGGUUCCUGUCCAAUAUAACAGCUGGGAACCAAGCUCAAGUGCAGGCUGUGAUUGAUGCUGGAUUAAUGCCAAUGAUUAUUCAUUUACUGGAGAAGGGAGAUUUUCAGACACAAAAGGAAGCAGCCUGGGCAGUUUCAAAUGUAACAAUCAGUGGACGUGCGGAACAAGUGGAAUAUAUGGUUUCACAAGGUGUUAUACCACCGUUUUGUGCCCUACUUUCUAUACGUGAUUCACAAAUUGUGCAGGUUGUCCUGGAUGGCCUCAACAAUAUUCUGAAGAUGGCUGGACCUCGCUCCGAAGCAAUAUGUACGAUGAUUGAAGAAUGCGGAGGUCUAGAUAAAAUCGAACACUUGCAAAACCAUGAAAGUGAAGAAAUCUACAAACUGGCUUAUGAAAUUAUCGACAAUUACUUUUCGGAAACUGACGAUGAUGGAAUAGCGACUGGUGAUCAUUUCUUUGAAUCAACUCAGCAGAAUGUUCCGUCGGAGGGAUUCUCGUUCCAGUAA